UCAAAGUGUAACAGCGUCAGAUCGUCUACCCCCAACAAUGGUUAGAAGUGAGAGUAAAAGCAGGGAAAGAAAGAAAAGUGGAUCAGAAAAAACCAAAGAAAAAAAGAAGAGGACAAAGUCAGAAUCAAGUAGUGGUUCAGAUUCAGACAGUAGCAGUUCAUCAGGAAGCUCAAAAGGCAGAAGUAGAUCCAGAUCAUCAUCCUCCGACAGUAGUUCUAGCAGUGGAAGUAGUAGUUCUGGGAGUAGUUCGUCCUCACGGUCGGGGAGUUCCAGCUCUAGUGGAUCAUCAGACAGUGACAGGCCCACUAAGAAAACUAAAGAGGCAAAGCGCAAGGCAUCAGAAUCUCCAAAAAGACGGAAGAGAAGCCCAACACCUCGACCAACCAAAGUUCACAUCGGACAGCUGACUAGAAAUGUCAAUAAAGAGCACAUACAGGAGAUAUUUACUGUCUAUGGUACACUGAAGAACCUAGAUGUUCCAGUGGAAAGAGUUCAUCCAAACUUCAUUAAAGGAUAUGCUUACAUAGAGUAUGAGAAACCUGAUGAUGCUGAGAAAGCUAUUAAAUACAUGAAUGGAGGUCAAAUUGAUGGACAAGAAGUGACAGCUGCUGCAGUACUGCCACCUAGAGUGGUGUCCAGACCUCGUCGCAGUCCUCCUCAUAGACCACCACCCAGAUGGGAAAACCGGGAAAAUAGGCGAGGAGGAGGGUCCCCUCCCAGAGGAUCAUACAGAGAUCGCAGGAGAUCACCUCCUCGUAGACGCUCCCCACCAAGAAGACGAUCAAGGUCAAGGUCACCAGCAAGACGCAGAAGAUACAGCAGAUCAAGUUCUAGUUCAUCUCACUAAUGUUUUUGUGUAUUGUGUAUAUAUGUGGAACUGUGUUGCCUGUUUAUUAUGUUGAGGUCAUUUGAUACCAUAAUUAUUUAUACUGAACUCCAGGUCAAAUGAUAAAUAUUUUGUAGAAAUAUGUUUAUUAUGUGGGAAAUUUUGAAAGUUUACUGUGCAAGUUGUAUUUUCUUGACGUGGCAACUAUUUAUAUGAAUGAAAAACAUUUUCAAAUAUUGGUUUCCCCAAAAAUUGUGGGGAGACCAUUCAUGGUCUGAAUAAUUUGUAUAUUUUAAAGUUUUCCUAUGAAUUGAUAAACAUUGAUAAAGGGUAUGUGUCUAUGAGACAGCAACCCAAUGACAUAAAUAAACAGCAGAAUCAAAAACAUCACAGAAAAUUCUUAAGCCUAUUUGUGUUGUAGGGAUGUGGUCUCAUUGACAUAUAUACCCAACAAAAGGCCCACAUAUUUAUUCAUAUUUGACUACAUUGAUUUUGAUUUAUUGAAAGAGAGAGAAAAUAUGAAUUCAGAUUGUAGGAAAGGAGGAUAAUUAGAGUUUGAUUAUCAUUUUAAGAUGAUUCAUACAAUCAAGUGUUUCAUAAAUAUCAUAAUAAUGGCUUGUAGUUCAUGAACAUCAAAGUAAUCUAUACUUUAUCAGUCGUCUAUUUAAAAUAUUCCAUUGGUUUAUGUUUUCAUACUUUUUAUUCAUUUUAUCUUCAACAUCGUGUUAUUCUUUGGAAAACUGUUACUUUUGUUUAUAGAAGACAAGUAAUUGUUAAAGAAUAAACUUACCAGAAGAAUAGGGUGAUAAGGCAUUUCAAAUUUAGGGCUAUUUCAUUAAAGUGAAUGUGGAAGGGUAUGAAGGGACUUUCAAAAAUCCCCCCACAACCAACAUACUUAGAGUAAUUUUGCAUACAUCAAAUCAAUAUAAAAUUAUAAAUGACCCACGACCCAUGUCAAAAAAUAAAACAUCCCUUCUAUCCUCCCACAUUUGUUUAAAUGGAAUAGCCCUAAAUUGACCACAGUAUCUGGACGAAGUAAAAUUUUUCUUAUAUUUUAAUUCUUAAAUAUUUAUUCACAAUUUUAUACAUGGGCACCUUUAAAGCUUGACAUACUGCCUUUGUUGUCUAUUGUACACAAGAUGUAUUUAGAUUUCUGUGUGUUGUUGGUUUUUUGUCUCAUUAAUAUAUACCUCAAAUCUCUAUUUCUACAAAACUAAAUUUUGUUCACACAAAUGAUAAAUUAAAAAUAUCCAGUAUCUGGUAAAAAUAACGGUCAAGUUGCAUGUAUUUUCGUUAUCAUUGUGUUUCACAUUUUUUUUUAGAUUUUUAUUUCUUACAUCUUUCAGAUCAUAUAAAACCCAUUAUAACUAUAACUUCACAGAUUUGUUUUGCCAAGUACAAAGUAGUAGGUAUAGAUGUUGAUAAUGUGGUCAGUUCAUUUUCAUCAGAUAAUUAAAAACUAUGCAUGAACUGAAAAAUUGUAAAUAUUAUACAUGAACAUUGUUUUUAAUUAAAUAAAUGUAGAUGUAA